AUAUAUACUCGCGGGCCGCACCCCGAAACCGCAUCAUUCGGUCCGCCGUCGAACCAGCAGCACAGCAGCGCCUACCGCAACAGGAGUACCGUGUCUGCCGAGUCGUCCGUGUCCCCGUGUCUAUCCGCUACGAGUUACAGACACUUGCACGACCGAACGACAGCGCCGCACUCGUGUUCGAACGCCGCAGCCGCGAACAAAAGUCAAAAGCGCGAGCAGCAGCUACCGAUACCGACUACGUUCCCGAACGCUCGACACCAGCCGCGAUCCGUCAACAUGAACGUAAGUACCCGUACGGUUUUUUAAAUCGCUCAAAGGCCUUUAAUUUCAUUUCGUUUUUCUACACGCGCACCGCGCAUUCCAAUAGACCGUUAUUCCGAAUCCGGACCGCGCGGUUUUACCAAGUGUAUAACCUAAUCAUUUAACACGGCGUUUGUGUGUUGCGGACGACGAACAUUGUAAACACUACCCACGUCUUUGAAAUCCAUCGUAAUGCUGGCCGUCUCCGAGCCAAAAGAAAAUCUCAGUACAUGUUAUAUAUUUUUAUUUUUUCAUUCGGUUCGUUGUUUUUCUCGUUUCGUCCGUAUCACCAACAGGUAACCCCAACAAAAUUAUUUAUUCCAUUUUCGCUCCUCUAAUAAAUACCGAUAAGACCGCGUCAUCUCUCCUAAAAUGGGGUUGAGUUAAGCAGCGAGGAAAAGUACACUACGCAUAAUAUUAUUCCUGGGCUAGAACUACAUCUAAGCAAAGUUUCAGCUCAAUCCGUUCUGCAGUAGUUUUGUCGUAAAGGGACAACGUACAUCCGUCCGUCCAAACAACCUCUCCCGUUUAUGAUAUUAAAUACAUCGUUUUUUUCAUAAUCGCAUCAUGUUAUCGUUUACCAGUGGCUCAACCAGGACGUUUCUUUGCGGUGGAGUGAUACGAAUAUUUAUAUCAAAAAACAAUUUUGAUUAAUAUAUACAUAUAUAGAUACUAGGUAAAUCAAAUAAUUUGAUCAACAUAAAUAUCACACUGCAAUUUUUUGUUGGGUGUAACAAGUUAUUGCAAAAAAAAAAAAAAAUAAAAUAAUGUUCGUGUUCUAGACCUUUUGUGUGGGAGGGGGCGAGGGGUUGAUAUAUCAUCCACAUCACCUCCUUUGAAAACGUCACUGCCGUUUAUUAUUCGCGGAUAAAAAUUCACUACAUGAAUACACAGUUUGCAUUGCAAUACCCAGAAGCGUGUACAUGAAGGGAUUUGGGAGGCUGAUCCCCACAUUGCCUUUUUUACAAAAAAAACGUCCACGCAAGGAAAUUAUUUGCCACUGACCCUACCCCCCCCCAACGUAAAAAUGUGAUGUGUACGCCACUGAUUGUAUAAUCAUACAAAGAACAUUUUGACGUGUACAAACAACAAUUAGGUUCCCUAGACACUUACAAUAAUUUCAAUAAUGUUUUGGAUCCAUCGAGUUUUCAAACUAAAGUUAACUAUUUUGUUUUUCAAACACAGUUACAGCAUUGACAAUCGAUAAUAUAGCCGGCCAAAAUACGUUUCACGCGAAUUUGAAACAAACAGUCCAACAUACCAGCUAUACAAAUUUAAUAAUGACUGAGCUAAUGCGUCCCCGUAUUUUUCAUUCCGUGUAACGUAAUUAUUAUACAAUUUUAUUGAUAUUUGAGAAUUUUUUUUUGUAAUUUAUCGCAUAGGCGUAGGAAGCGGGGGGAUAAAGGGGCUAUAGCCCCCGAAAAAUCUCCUCUAGCCCUCUCAACAUUUUUUACAGCUUCCCUGCAAAUGAGCAUACAGUAAAAGGUUUUCUCGUUAACCUGGUUUUUUUUUUUUUUGAAACGUACGGAAUAAGUGCAAUUUAUCCCUCUUAGCCCCCACCGCAUCCUACGUUUGUGCUGAUACGGAACGGAAGUUCUUUCAACCCCCCCUCCCCCCGAACCGCAUAUUUUGACAAUUAUCUAGAACGUCGCCGUUGCAAACGUAUAGUACUAUAAUAAUAUUCGAACAGUUUCGAGACCUAAUCUUAUAUUCCACGACUUCGAAAAUCGAACGCACCACGAUGAAUACUUACACGGCACGACCGAUACAAUUGUACUAUUGUCGACCGGCGAUAUAAUAUUAUUAUAAUUUUUAACGGUCGAUUUGUAUCUAACAAAUUUCGCCAAUUCAAUGUACACUGAGUUUUCAACAUCGUACACGUGCACGCAUAUAUUGAUGAAUUAUUAUGCCUUGAAAUGUUCUUAUAUCGUAAUAAAGCGCCACUCGAUGAAUAUAAUAUUUAUGUUGCGCGUACACGGUGUUACACACGAUUCACGAUGCACAAUGGUACAUACUUAAUCGGGCUUGUUUUUUUUAUUUUUAUUUUUUUACAUUUUAUAAAAUAUUACCAACUGUUAAUAUUGAAAACGUAUUUUUAAAUAUUUUAAAAAAUAGAACACAAACAAACAUGCGUUUUACGCUGCGCGAGUCUCUUUGAAUACGAUACACAUCGCUGUAUAUACAUCUAAUACCGUAUAUGAUCUAAUCGCUUUAAAACAAAAGAAACAGAUUUCAAAAUGAUAUAUUUAAGACUCUAAUAUGGAUAUAAUACUUGCACCAUAUUUAAAAAAAAAAAAAACACACCAUUACGUACCUGCUUCUUUAUAAACGGAAUACACGACUGUUUUCGUUUUCGUUCGUGUUGUUCUCAUCUCGGCGGUUGUGAUGAUUUAUUAGGUAUUCAUAAAAAUGAUACGAUACCUACCAGUGUUGCGACCCGAAAUAAUCGGUUUAAAACCGUGAUGAAUGACGAUAGCGUGUUGCACUUUUAAUAUUGCACAAUUCUCCGUCAUAACAAUAACAUAAUAGUAAUGAAAACCGAAUAAAAAGAUCAAAAGUCUUUGGAGUGGAAAUAUUUACCUAUAUAGACCAUUGACUGAAAAUUGACGAACGAAUAUGAAUGUUAUUAAUGUUCUAUAAAAAUUAUAUAUUCUCUAUUUUAUUACAAAUUUAAGUUGAACCGUACAUAAUACUUUAACAGAUUGUUUAUGGAAAUAUGUAAAUUAUAUCUGUGCAAUCAUUUUUCAUAUACGUUGAUUAAGUAUUCAUUUUCGGGACUAUAUAUUUUUUUCAGCGGACGCUAAUAUUGAUUCUGUCAAUUGUAUUCGUGGUCGCUGAACCGCCAUCAUAUGGGGGAACCGGAUCUAGCAACAGCAAUGGAAGCAGUAGGAACGGAGGAUACGGAGGUAAAGGCCAAUACGGAGGUGGCACUGGUGGUGGAGUUGGUUCGUCAUCAGUGAGCCCAUUUUUCAGCGGUGCCAACCAGUACGGAUCUCAAUCCGGCCUGUCCGGAGCCGGAAAUCGGUAUUCUUCGUUCGGGUCUAAACUUGGAGGCAAUAAAGGGGGUUAUGGAGGAUCUGGUUCACGUAACGGUGGUCGUUACGGUAGUGGAUCUUCGAACAACGGUGGAUCAGCAAGUGGUUACGGAAGUGGUCUAGGUGGCCUCGGGGGAUCAAAUGGAAAUUAUGGAAGUGGAUCUUCGGGAAGUUAUGGAAACGGUGGCGGAAGUGGAUCUUCGGGAAGUUAUGGAAACGGUGGCGGAAGUGGUUCUACUGGUGGAUUUAACGGAGGCUCAUCCAGUGGCUAUGGAGCUGGCUCAUCCGGAAGUUUGUCCGGUGGUUUUGGAAGCGGAUCAUCUGGAAGUUCGUCCGGUGGUUAUGGAGGCAGCUCGUCUGGAAGUUCAUCCGGUGGUUAUGGAGGCGGCUCAUCCGGUGGUUUUGGAGGCAGCUCAUCCGGUGGUUUUGGAGGCGGCUCGUCCGGAAGUCCAUCUGGUAGUUAUGGAGGUAGUUCAUCUGGAGGUUUAUCCGGUGGUUCAUCUGGCGGCUACGGUAGUGGUUCUUUAGGGAAUUUAGGUGGAGGAUCGUCCGGAAAUUAUGGUAGUGGAAGUGGUGGAUCUUCAGGAAGUAAUGGUGGUUAUGGGGCUGGAGGCUCUGGAGGUUCUGGAGGCUCUGGAUCUUAUGAUCAAUUUGGAGGAGCUAAUGGCAAUGGACUUGGAGGAUCAGGAAACGACCCACUUUCGGUAAGACUAAAAUUUAAAUACAAUACAAUUUCUAAUAGUCUAUUAAAAUCGUUUGCUCACACAAUAAAAUAAAUACUAAUAUCGUAACAAUAUUGAUAUUUAUUUUUAGUUUAAAAUGCUAUAAAUUGGUAGGGUUCUUUUUUAAAAAUAAUGUGUAAUGCAUUUUAAAUCUGUUAAGUACCUAUGCAUAUAAAUUAUAGUCUAUUUUAUGGAUAAUACAGCCUGUAAUCUAUAUUAUAGAGUCUAUAAUAUAGAUUAUAGACUGAUUAGACUAUAGAGUAUAGACUGCAUAUUCAAAUGACAUUUGUCUUGCAAACAUAUUUACUUUCAACAUAUUAAAUACAUUAACACAUUAUUUUCAAUGUUAUAUUUUAUUUCAUUAUAAAUAUAUUUUUUGUCACUUCUAUAGUAGUCAAUAGGCAUUAAUAGGCAAAUAAUAUUAUGUAACCAGGAACCGGCCAAUUACGAAUUUUCCUAUGAAGUAAAUGCACCGGAAUCUGGAGCUAUUUUUGGUCACAAAGAAAGUCGUCAGGGUGAAGAAGCUACUGGAGUAUAUCAUGUGCUGCUACCUGACGGCCGAACACAAAUAGUAGAAUAUGAAGCAGACGAAGAAGGAUACAAACCAAAAAUUACAUAUACCGAUCCAGCAGGAGGAUAUGCUGGAGAUCGCCAAUCUGGAAAUGGUUUUGGUGGUGCGAACGGCGGCGGUUCAGGAGGUUACGGAGGAAAUGGCGGUGGUGCAAAUGGCGGUGGUUCGGGAGGUUACGGAGGAAACGGUGGUGGCGCAAACGGCGGCGGUUCAGGAGGUUACGGAGGAAAUGGUGGUGGUGCAAACGGCGGUGGUUCGGGAGGUUACGGAGGAAACGGCGGUGGUGCAAACGGCGGCGGUUCAGGAGGUUAUGGAGGAAACGGCGGUGGUGCAAACGGCGGUGGUUCAGGAGGUUACGGAGGAAACGGCGGUGGUGCGAACGGCGGUGGUUCAGGAGGUUAUGGAGGAAACGGCGGUGGUGCAAACGGCGGUGGUUUGGGUGGCUACGGAGGAAAUGGCGGUGGUCAAGGAUCCGGUUUGUACGGUAAUGGUGGAAACAACGGUGGAUUCAACAACAAUGGUAAUUCUGGUAGCUUUAGUGGUAUUGGAGGAUCUAGUGGAAGUUUAGGAGGUGGUUAUGGUGGAUCUAGUGGAUCCAGCGGUGGUUUAGGAGGCAGCUAUGGCGGAUCUGGUGGAUCCAGUGGAGGUUUAGGAGGCAGCUAUGGCGGAUCUGGUGGAUCCAGUGGAGGUUUAGGAGGCAGCUAUGGCGGAUCUGGUGGAUCUAGUGGAGGUUUAGGAGGCAGCUAUGGCGGAUCUGGUGGAUCCAGUGGAGGUUUAGGAGGCAGUUAUGGUGGAUCUGGUAGUUCCAACAGUGGUUUAGGUGGUAGCUAUGGUGGAUCUGGUGGAUCGAACAAUGGUUUGGGAGGUAACUAUGGUGGAUCUGGUGGAUCGAACAGUGGUUUAGGAGGCAAUUAUGGUGGAUCAAGUGGAUCCAAUGGAGGUUUAGGAGGAAGUUAUGGUGGAUCUGGGGGAUCAAUUGGUGGUUUAGGAGGGGGUUACGGUGGAUCUAGUGGAUCCAGUGGCGGAUUAGGAGGCAGCUUUGGUGGUUCCAGUGGAUCUACUGGUGGUUUAGGAGGCGGUUAUGGUGGAUCUAGUGGAUCCAGUGGUGGACUAGGAAGUGGUUAUGGUGGAUCAGGAGGAUCUGGAGGAUUAAAUGGUGGUUUAGGUAGCAGUUAUGGUAGUCCUAGUGGUUCUAGUAGUGGUUUAGGAGGUAAUUACGGUGGUUCCAGCGGUGGUCUAGGAGGAUCUUACGGCAGUAGUCGUAAUGGUUUAGGAAGUGGAUCGUCGUCUUACUAAAACUUUUUUAUUGCUCAAAUGAAUAAACAACUUGUUAGAAAAUCUUAUCUAAACACAUUUUUAUUUGAUAUAUAUUAAAUAUAUAUAAUAUCAAAUGAAAAUCAUCAAUAUUAUUUUUAAUAAUAAUAUGUAUGACAAUAAAUAUUAUUGUUAAAAAACAUUGUAUUUUUGUAAUUUGCACAGUAUAUUCUUGGUUAAUUUUACACAUAUUUCACAUUUUUCUGUAUACUAUGAGUGCAUAUUAUGUUUUAAUGUAUACUAAGUCGUAUACAAUUUUAAUUUUACUUUUGGUGAAUUGUGCAAUUUUCUAUUCAUUUUAAGAACUGAGGU